GGUCAGUUUCGGGAAGAGGAAAUGAAACACUGAUGGUUGUUCUCUUCAUCAGCCUGUGGAUGCUCCUCUGCUGAUCAGCCCUUUGACAGUAAACAAGUUUUCUGUAAGGAGGGGGGACCUACCAACCGCCAACAUGUCGAGCAAAAGGGCCAAGGGAAAGAACACCAAGAAGCGUCCUCAGCGUGCCACGUCCAAUGUGUUUGCCAUGUUUGAUCAGUCCCAAAUUCAGGAGUUUAAGGAGGCUUUCAACAUGAUCGACCAAAACAGGGACGGCUUUAUUGACAAAGAAGACCUCCAUGAUAUGCUGGCCUCAUUAGGUAAGAACCCGACAGAAGACUACUUGGAGACAAUGAUGAAUGAAGCGCCCGGCCCCAUAAACUUCACAAUGUUCCUUACCAUGUUUGGAGAGAAGUUGAAUGGCACAGAUCCUGAGGAUGUAAUCCGCAACGCUUUUGCCUGUUUUGACGAGGAGGGCACAGUGUCUUCUCCUGCAGGUGUGAUCCAGGAAGAGUACCUGAGAGAGCUGCUCACUACGAUGGGUGACAGAUUUUCAGAUGAAGAAGUGGAUGAGCUGUUCCGAGAAGCGCCCAUUGAUAAGAAAGGCAACUUUAACUACGUAGCAUUCACGCGCAUACUAAAGCACGGUGCCAAGGACAGAGAUGAUUAGUGACUGUAGCAGCUCUGGAUGAAGCGUAUUCUGUAUAAUCUGUGUAUCUUUAUUGGGUCUCUACUUAGAACAGCUAUAUCCUGUCAUGUGGCUCAUGACAAGCUUCACUGUGGUAUAGCUCACUGAAGGUCAUAUGUUUAAGCUGCUUGUUGGACCCCCCCCCCCCUCCCUCCCCUCCCUCCCCUCUCUAACUCCUCAGAAGCUCAUUUGCACAUCUGUGAAAACACCACUAAAAGGGUCUGUAUAAGCUACCAUGGAUAAAGCUGGAAAUAAACUGAAACAAGACAUCUGUUAUCAUGA